AGCUUGUCCACACCAAACUGUUCAGCUAUUCAUUAAUCAAAAGCAGGGUUGGUCCGUCGGUGAUGACCCAGGUCGAAGCGACGACUGCUGCUCCUCUGUCCAGCUCGUCUUCUUCCUCGGGGUCGAGACUGAGCGACCAAGAUCCAAGCGACGCCUGCUGCUCUUCUCUACACCUCCUCUUCUUCCUCCGGAUCGAGAGCUUGGAUAGGGCUCCAUGGACCUGUUCGUGCCGCAGGAGGGCGAUUCAGAAAAGAGGAUUAGCCAUGGGCAGAUGGAGGGUGCUGAUGUUGCGCGCCCUAUAGAGUCCCAGGCAUCUAUCAGCGUCGCCGAGGGCGACAUCAGCCGUGCCGGAGACCUCUGCAGCGGCGGCGGAAAUGCUGGAUCUGUAGGCGAGGGCCCGCUUUUGCAAGUGUGCUCAGAGGCUACCAGCGGAUGGACACGCAGAGUAAGGAUCAGGAAAGCCCAUGCGGAGCGAGAGCUAAAUCCUAACCGGAAAAGUGCUCUUGAACUAUCGAUGAGGGCGUUCAUAAGUAAACGAGAUGGCAAUGUAGUCAACCCAGCAGUCGGCACUUCAUUUGAUUCACUGGAUGAGGCGUAUCAAUUCUACAAUUUGUAUUCGUGGGAGGCUGGAUUUGGCAUAAGGUAUUCGAAAAGCAGGCUAAAUGUAGAGAGGAUGAAGUGCAUGCAGGAGAUUGUAUGUGGAUGCGCGGGUAAACCGGAAAGGAAGAAUACAAGAUCAACUAGGUGCGGCUGUGCUGCCAGGAUUAAGCUACUGAGGUCGGAUGACAAUGGAUGGUAUAUUUCAGAGCACAGGCCUCUUCACAACCACUCUCUCUCGAGUACUUGUGGCGAGAAAAUGCACUGGCCUUCACACAGGCUCAUUGAUCGCUACACUAAAGAUCUUGUUAGGCAGUUGAGAGAAAACAAUGUUAGCCUUGGAAAAGUUUUUGCCUCUCUGGUGCGUGGGUGGGUGGGAGGAGGAUUGUUGGAGAAGAUGAGGCAGUAAUUGCGUGAGAUGACUAGUCCCCCCGGAUAGAAUUGAUAUGUGGUGGGCCCUCACGCAACUUUUUGCACGUCGAGACGUGACGAAAACAGUGAGAUGGCAGCUGCUCCAUCCGGCCCAUCACGAAUCUGGGCAUCCACGGACCUAACCAACAAACUACACGGUCUAGCUGCUAAAAACAAAUUACGUGUUUAAUUACCGAGGCACAAAAACAUGGUGGGAAAACAUGUCCAAAAUGGUGCCAUAAUUGUGAUUAAAGUACGAUAGUUCGCGGGAUAUUGUCAUUUUCCAACCGCGAACUCCUUUGAUUUACUACAACAUAGAGUCGUUGACAAUCCACAGCCGGUGCUCUUUGAUUUGAUUUGGUCCAUCUCACGCUAAUGUGCUGUUAAUGAAGGACUAUCUAUACAAAACAGAAGCAUGACGGUGACGGGGGUCACGUGCAAGGGCGAAAUACUGUCCACAUGGGCGACUCUCUUUUUGCUGCAUGCGCAUGCUCGACUGUACCUGGUACAUCAACACAGAGCUAGAUUCUGUCGCUACAACGCCCUCGCUGACAACCAGAAUACGUGGGCGGGAAUGGUCUACGGGGGGGACAGCUCCCGCAAAUACUGUGAUGAAGCUGGCCAUUGUGUAAAACAGACGGACUGGAUAAAGUCCUCAUAGUGCUCAUCCAUCGUUCGGCA